AUGGCUCCUCCGUUGGCCAAUUUGCAUCUGGAUGUCGAAGCUAUUUCAGGAAUCUGCGGCUCAAUCUCAAUCGCAUGCUGGGUCAUCGUCUUCACACCGCAGCUGAUCGCGAACUGGAGAUCCAGCUCUGCUGAAGCACUUUCUAUACAAUUUAUUAUCGUGUGGUUAAUUGGAGAUGUCUUCAAUAUCGCUGGCGCCGUCCUUCAGGGUGUUCUGCCGACCAUGAUUAUCCUUGCCGUGUACUAUACAUUGGCCGAUAUAGUCCUUCUAGGCCAGUGCUUCUACUAUCGAGGAUUCACAUGGCGUGACGAACCCGCAACACCUACCCCCAAGCCAACCCCUCAGCUCAACGGCCACGCAAACGAACGAACCGCUCUACUAGGAGACCAUGACCACAGGGAGCGUCGCGGGUCUGACUGGACUGGCUUAUCACUUACCGUUCCGCACAUUGCUCAUACCGAACCACCACCGCCUCCGCCGAGCACGCUGCAGACUUUGAUAUGGAAUGGUUCGAUUGUUCUCAUGGUCUGCACUGCCGGCAUCUUGGGCUGGUGGCUUGGCGAGUCGGCCACUGGUAGCGACAAGGCACCCAAGGCUGGUGGAGAAGAUGCCAUCGAAUUCAACGUACUGGGGCAAUUCUUUGGCUACCUAUGCGCCGUUUUCUACAUUGCGUCUCGUGUCCCACAGCUCAUCCUGAAUUACCGCCGCAAAACUACAGAAGGCCUUAGUAUGCUGUUCUUCAUAUUUGCAUGCCUGGGAAACGUCACGUACGUCUUAUCGAUCUUUGCCUAUGAGCCUCAGUGCAAGCAUGACAAGUGCAAGCCUGGCGAAGCAGGACGCAUAUACGGUCGAUAUAUGCUCCUCAACCUUAGCUGGCUGGCCGGUGCGUUAGUAACGCUCUUUAUGGAUCUCGUCGUCUUUUGCCAGUACUUCUACUAUUCAAAAAAUGAUCUGGAAGAGGAGGCUGUAUUCUCUGAAGAAGCGAGGAUUUCAGGGGAGCAUGAGAGAGAAGAGAGUCACUUUGACCACCGACCAUUGCUUCAGCGAGGCGACUCAGAGAAUCCCUAA